UACGAUAUCUACGAUAAAAGUUAAAAAAGUUAUAUUUCAUAUUUCAUAAUUUGAGUUGCCGCAUCCGAGACCAUGAGCCUGGACUACACAAACUGGCUGCUGAACCGGCUGGCGGCCUUCUACCACUCGAUCUACUUCUACGUGUCGCUCUUUUCGCUUGGCUACUGCUUUCUUUUGUACCAGGCGCGGGAGAGGAUCUACCAGAUGGAGCUGACCUGGGGCAGGAUCUCGCUGGUGUACAGCUGCGCCGGCAUCCUGGUCCUGAUGUUAACCCUGGUGGUUUACUACGCCUGGAUGGCCGGUGGGUUGGUUUGGCGUCAGUAUUGGGAACACAACCGCGUCUCGCAACGCACUCGUUUCCUGUUCAACUUGUACCGAAUGCAGCAAGUCGGGGAACUGAAGUAGCAGCGGUUGUAUCUGGCAGUAUGAUCUGAUUAAUCCCCGAAUUGCUUUCAAUAAAUUAAUCAGUUUGGCACUA